CGUCGCUGCAGCAGCUACCACGUGCCGCAAUUUGUCAAGCCCAGCUAAAUAUGAUUUUUUGCGAAAUCGCUUCCUGCCACAAAUUUAUGCGUUAAACGCGUGAGAUUACGCAUACGUCGCGUAAGCCAAAUAUUAUCAACUUGUUGUGCGUGUAGGAGAGAAAGUGUGUGUGUGUGUGUAUCGGCUUGCCACUUGCCACACGUAAUGGCUUUGACAUUGACAGCACGCUAGACCGCGUACCGUGUAAAUAAUCAGUUUUUGUUGCCUGCUUUUAGCAUAAUUAAGACUGCAACUGCAGCUGCCACACGGCAACUGCGGCAGUGAGUGAAAGUUAGCAGCAGCAGCGGCCACCAAAGGAAAAGAAUACAAAACAAAACAAAGUUUUUUUUUUUGGUUUUUUUUUUGCUGCUGCAAGCUCUCGCGAGACUUAAAGUCCUUUGCCGGCCUGGACUGCAUUUUGAGGGGCUUCGGGCUCAGCAUGCGGCCAACAGACACCGCCCGUCGCAAGUAGCCUAAACUGUAAGCGAUGUCCAGACAGCAGACAUGUCCAUGUCGGAACGGAACACGCCCAGCCAUGGGGCAACGGAGACGCCCUCGCAUCAUCGCCAGCUGCGGCCGCCGGACGUUGAGGCGGCGCUCUCCUCAAUGCUCUGGACGCCCUAUGAGCGCAGCACGCCCACGGCCAGCUCCUCGGAUGAGGAGGACGACGAUGAGCGGCUCAAUCGCAAGCUACGCAAAUCACACAGCAGCUACGAGACGAGCGGGAGCUGCAGCAGGUCUGCCCUGAGCCAUUUAGCACCACUGACCCCACUGACACCGAUAGCACCACCUGCAGCCGCAGCAGGAGUCGUUGCUCUUCCCGUGCCUUUUCCCAGUUUUAGUUGCGCCUUUGAGGCGGGCAAGACGAGCCGGAGCCGGAAUCGCUACUCAUAUCCAAGCUACUAUGGCAGUCCGGCGCACACACUCACCCAAUGGUGUUCCUCGGCGGCCACGGCCAUCAAGGAGCCGCCCUCGUACGAAUCCCUCUACGAGGCGAGCGUCUCCGGCGUGGGCGCGGCCAGGGCAAGCUUGGCUCCCGUCCAGCCGAACAAUCUACAAUGUGAUAGAUCGCAACGAUCCCCAGCAACAACAACUAAACACGAUGACGAUGAUGAUGAUGACAAUGAUGAUAAUGAUGAUGAUCAACCCAAACUAACGGCAAAUGUUCCCGCUGAGCGUUUGGUGCGCUCCUUCACAGACGAUUAUAUAUCGCAGAACUGCGCAUUAUACACGCCAGCGAUAAACGACACAGAAACGGCAACAACGGUAACAAGUCAAAAGCAAAAGCCAACAGAGACGAAUGCAAGAUCACAACAAAGUGCAGAAAAUCAAAGCGACAGCAGCAGAGCGAAUUGCAUUAUCAAUGAAAACGGCGACAAAGAAGACAGCGACAAAGGCAAUGACGUUGACGAUGAGCAAGAAAUGGCAACAACGAAAACUGCAGCAGCAGCAACAACAACAACCAGAGCAAACGAGGAAACAGGCGCAAAUGCAGUCGCAGUCGCAGUCGAAGCCGAAGUCGCAGUCGCAGCUGGAGUGCAGGUCAAUCAACCUGUUUCCUGUGCAGCAGCAGCAGCAGCACCCAAUCUAACUCUCAGUCGCAGUCGCAGUCGAAGAGAGCACGCGUCAGCAGCUGAGAGAGCAGCAGCAGCGACGUCGGCGUCACCGUUUAGUGGUGGUUCAAGCAAGUUUCGCUCGGCAGCGAUCAGUCUCUCCAGUACGUUCGGCGCGUACACAACAGAUGUGCGUAAAAUCGGCAGUUACAAUACGAAUAACAACAACAACAACAACAACAUUCAAACAUUGACGUCGUGGUUGUCGCGGGGGCGCUACAACAACAACAACUCGUGUAGCAGCAGUAGCAGCAGCAGCGACGUGCUGCGGCCCAACAAAUGUUUGGCAGAACUCGAACGCUUGUAUGCCGAAUUUCGCGCGAGUGAAAGUCUCUUCGAGCAUCGCCUGAGCCAGGCGCCAAACGAUAACGAUAUCGAUAACGAUAGCGAUACGAUGCGUCUGAAUGUGGCUGCAGAGCCGACGCCGCCGCCAACAGCAACGGCAGCAACACAAACUGCAACAGCAGUUGGCAGCAGCAGCAGCAGCAGCAUUUUUCUCAGCAGCAACAAGACGGACAGGGACAGCAGCAACAAUGCCAAAAGCAUCAGCAACAUUGCAAUAUUGCCCGCGGCAGCAAAGUCCUGUCAGCGUCAGCCAAGUCUGACGAUACAAGUGAACAACGGCAGCAGCAGCAGCAGCAGCAGCAGCAACAAUAACGGUACUAAUAACGGUAAUCAGCAGGUUUGUGUCGCCUCGCCCGCAAGCACAGCCACAGUAACAACAACAACAACAACAACAACUGCAAGUGCAACUGCAACGCAAGACAACAACAAUGUCGUUUGUGUUGUAAAUUGCAAUUACAGCAACAGCAACACCCCCAACAACAACAACAACAACAGCAGCAACAGCAACAACAACAACAACAAGAGCAGCAUUGUUGCAAUUAAUAAUUGUGUGCCAGCAACCAAAGUGUUUAGUGCAAGUGUACAAAAUAAGUUAAAUAAUAAUAUAAAUAAUAAUCAAAAUACGCAAGUGGAUGUGCAACAUGUUGCAAGUGCCAGUGUGAGCAACAGCAUCAGCCACAAUAAUAAUAAUAAUAUUAAUAAUAUAAAUAAUAAUAAUAAUUGUAUUAAUAAUCAUGUGAAUGUGUCCAGUGUUGAUAACAGUGUCAAAGUAAUCAAUGUGAAUGCAACGCCCCCACGCACUUUCACCUCUACCGAAUGCCAAACGGAUGACCUAAGCAACGGCAACUGCUCGCAGCAACAGUUGCAGGCACAGCAGCAGCAGCAGCAGCAGCAACAGUUGCGCACACGCGAGCAACGUCGACGCGAACGUCGCGAACGCCGCCAGCAACAGCAGCAGCAGCUGCAGCUGCAGCAGCAGCAACAGUUGCCCCCUCACCAUGCACGUCGGCAACACGCGCCGCCGCUGCAUCCACCGCCCCACUUGCAUCAUCCGCAUCCGCAUCCGGCUACUUUGGGCCUGGCACGGGCAUUGUUGCCGGACAUUCUGCACAGCCACAGCCACUACCCGCCGCCGUACAGUGCCCUGCCCGCCGGCGGACCGCCCCCGCCCCCGCCCCAGGCAGCCGGACCGCCACUGCCACCGCCACCGCCGCCGCCGCCGCAGGCGCCCGUGCCGCUACCCCUGCCACUGAUGACACCGGUUAUAUCGACGGUGCCGCUGCCGGGCACCGCACCGCUGAUGAGUGAUGGACGCUUCACCUUGCCGCUGCCCAUCAUGCGCAGAUCCCCCUCGGAGCGUUCCGGCAAGGGCUGUUGUGGCCAAUGGUUUGCUGGACCGCCGCUGCGCGCUCUCAUUGCUGUUGUUGCGCUCGGGGGCGUGGCCUGCGCCCUCGGCGGCGCUGCGCUGGGCGCCACGGGUCUCGCUGGACCGCCAAAUUCGCAUCUGACCGCCGCGCUGCUAAUGAUUGGAGUCGGUGUUGUGCUGGUCACUGUCAGCGGCGCCGCUUGGCGGAUGACAGCGCCCGGUGGCGGCCAAAGUUGCCUUGGGCUGGGCACCACCGUCGAUUUGGCCCGCUGUGGCCGACGUCCGUGCACCCGUGGCGGCGGCGCGCCCCACGGACUGCUCUAUCCGGAGUUUCAGCACCGCCCGCCGCCGCCCUCCUACCAGGCCAGCAUGCAGGAGUAUCGUCUGAGACUUUUGCUUUUGGACCGCGAUCGCCAGAACGGGGUGGUGCGUGGCAAUUCACCGCCGCCCACCUAUCGAUCUCAUGCCGGCAGCUUGCUCAGGGCACCGCUGACCACACUACGCUCGGGCAUAGGCGGUGGUGGUGGAGGCACCAUUAGCAGCAGCGUGGGCGGCUCCGAGUACAGCCUGCCGCCGAGUUAUCGCAGCCGGAAUGCGACGCCCGCCUCGCUGACGCUGGCCAGCUGCGAACGGACCAUUGAGACAGCGCCUUCGGGCCGGCUGCUAGCCAAUGAGGAUCUGCCAGAGUUAUCGCCGGAGCAAUUGCCCGACUACAGUGCGCUGCAGUCCAACACAUUGCUCACCUCGGCCAUUGUCGAAAUCGAGUCCAGGAAUCGCAGCCAAAGCCAGGAGAGUCCGACGUCGACGACGACGGCGACCAAGGCCAAAGACCUGGUAACCAUUGUGACCAUAUCCCAGGCCAACAGCGGCGGCGGCCUCAACGUGCAGUCAGGUGGAAGGGCUCAGGCACAGGGCCAGGUGCCAACAUCAUCUCAGUCAGCCAUCGACCAGAUCGAUAUAUUGGCCCACUUGUAGCCCUGCCCCAGCGAAACUGUAACCGAAACUGAAAUCAAGCGGAUAAGAAGGCGCUUCAUUUGAAAAGUCGCAACAGCUUUUCUCCAGUGCUUGAGUUUUUCUUUUCGUCUACGCAUUAUUAAUAUUUUUUUUUUUUUAUGUUGGUUUGUUCGUUAAUCUUAAACACACUCGUUAACCCAAAGGUAUUUAUUUGUACGAUACGAAAAACUAAAAACUCUGCUCCUAAAUGAAUAUAUUGAUAUAAAUAUAUAUUAACUAAACCCUAAAUAUAGUUCAUGCAUCUUUGAUAUAUACCAUAUAUACCGAUAUGCGGCAUUUAGACAGUAAGAUAUAUAUGUUUGUUGUACUUGAAUGUGUUGAAUUUAUUUUUGUAAGCAUCUGAAAUGCGCUGCGUAUCUAUUACGAACUAUCGUAAAAGUAUUAAAAUAUUCCAAAAACGAAACUAUCCCCAAAAAAAAGUUUUAAAAAAAUUAACACAAUUUUGUAAAUAACAACUUCGAGUGCAUUUCAAGCAUGCAUUAAAUGUAGAUUCUCUCCCAACCCAAUAUACUAUAUAUAUGGAUGUAUGUGAAAAACUCUGAUGUAAAUUCGCAACGGAACGCUACGGUGACAAAUUUUGCGCGCAUUUUCGAAUAACGAAUCAAACGGAAACUGAAACUGAUUUCUGAAUGCGUUUCAAACAAAUAAAAAUAAAAUAUAUUAUAAUAUAAAAUUAAAUAAAGAGAAGAAAACCCUAAAGAUAAACUACUUACAAAUAAAUUGUAGCGCAGUUGCAGUUGCGUAUGUUAUCAAUAUUAAAUACUGAUACAGAUCGUGCAUAAGUACAAUACAGUUAGCAAAUAAAUACUAUAUAUAUAUGCUAUAUAUAUAAAUAUAUAGAAAUAUUUAAAUCCAACUUUAAGGUCCUCUGUUUUAUGUGCAAGGCUAAAAUAAACUAAAAAGCAAAACAUCUGCAAAAAUGUAAUGUUGAAAAAUGCCACAAAA